GCCGCGGCUGCCGCCACCGCCUGGAGCUCCAUGGGCCUCUCCUGUGCGCCGUCCGGUGUGAGGCCGAGUCCGGCAAGCCGCGCAACCCGGUGCCCGAGCCAUCGUGGACGCUGGAGGCUGGGACCCGGGGUAGGGGCAGCGGCUGGCGGCGUGGGACUGCGAGCUGCCUUCAGAUUGACGAUGCCAGUAUGGACAGAAUAGCUUAUGAUGCUGACCCCCAACCAUCACUUCCGAGACAUUGAGCGGAAACCAGAAUACCUCCAGCCAGAGAAGUGCGCCCCACCUCCCUUCCCUGGUCCUGCGGGAACCAUGUGGUUUAUCCGUGAUGGCUGUGGCAUCGCCUGCGCCAUUGUUACCUGGUUCCUGGUCCUCUACGCAGAGUUUGUAGUCCUCUUUGUCAUGCUGAUUCCAUCCAGAGACUACGCGUACAGCAUCAUCAACGGAAUUGUGUUCAACCUGCUGGCCUUCUUGGCCCUGGCCUCACACUGCCGGGCCAUGCUGACGGACCCCGGGGCAGUGCCCAAAGGAAAUGCCACUAAAGAGUUCAUCGAGAGCCUCCAGCUGAAGCCUGGGCAGGUGGUGUACAAGUGCCCCAAGUGCUGCAGCAUCAAGCCCGACAGGGCCCACCACUGCAGUGUCUGUAAACGGUGCAUUCGCAAGAUGGACCACCACUGUCCUUGGGUCAACAACUGUGUCGGCGAGAACAACCAGAAGUACUUUGUCCUGUUUACAAUGUACAUAGCUCUCAUUUCCUUGCACGCCCUCAUCAUGGUGGGAUUCCACUUCCUGCAUUGCUUUGAAGAAGACUGGACAAAGUGCAGCUCCUUCUCGCCUCCCACCACGGUCAUCCUGCUCAUCCUGCUGUGCUUUGAGGCGCUGCUCUUCCUCAUUUUCACUUCAGUGAUGUUCGGGACCCAAGUGCACUCCAUCUGCACAGAUGAGACGGGUAUUGAACGCCUCCAACGCAAGACGCAGCCCAGGGAGCACUCGGGCAGCUGGAAGUCGGUCCAGGAGGCUUUUGGUGGGGACUUCUCCCUGAACUGGUUCAACCCUUUCACCAGACCUUGUCAACCCGUGAUACCCAUUGACAAGGGCUUGGUCCGGCAAGUGUCGUCUCUAUCAGACAUGGACAAUAUGGAGACCUCUGAGAGCCAAUUGGAGGAGACAAAAGACAGGGACUCUGUGGAGGUGCUGGAUGAAUAGAGGCUGCCAAGAAUAAUACACCAACAGCAGCUGCUGGCCCGAUUGCACCCCCAGCUCCCAGGGCUCGUUCAGGCAUUCCCGUGGGGUUACCAACUCUCUCAGGGUGGGGUGUGAGUAGAGAAGAGUAGGGACUUUCUCUGAGUUCCUCUUAGCAGCGUGUGCCAAAAGGGGUGGUUAGGGACCAUUCUCCAGGCCUGGGAAGACUGCCUAGUCUCUGCCCAGCAAGGGAAAUGAUGACCAGAAUGUCCUGAGGGCGGGGGAGCCACUUCUUCUUAAGGGCUGUCUUGGGGACGCCGAGGGCCUUGGGAAAGGAUACUGACAUCAGGGAUGACCAAUCUGAAAGGCCAGAGAGACUAGCCAUUCCUGGGGAAGGGAUUCCUUGUCUGGCUACUGAACCUGCCCCUUGGGGCUUGAGCUUGGGCUUGGUUGAAAGAGCACCCCACCCACUUGCAUGCAUGCACAUGUGCAGAACCUGUGCAGAAGGAAAUGAGCCUGAGUUAUGACAGUCACCCAAAAGUAGUUCCCAUCCUAUAGAUAACUAGACUCCUCUCUGAGACAACAAUGGAGCCAGUCUUUCUGUGGCCACAAGUUUGCAUUCAUGUAUUGGGCUUCUGGAGAAAGUCUAGUAAGACACGGGGACAGGUACACCCAGAAAUGGUUACCCCUGCGUUUUAGAAUAGUUCCCAGGAUGGUGCCUCCGACAGCUGUAUGGCUGGACAUGAGGCACAUGCCUUUAUUCCAGCGUUUGGGGCAGGCAGCUUAGCCUAGGCUGCAGAGCUCCAGGCUACAUAGAGAAACCCCAUGUUAAAAACAACAGAAAACGCCGGGCGAUGGUGGCGCACACCUUUAAUCCCAGCACUCGGGAGGCAGAGGCAGGUGGAUCUCUGUGAGUUCGAGACCAGCCUGGUCUACAGAGCUAGUUCCAGGACAGGCUCCAAAGCCACAGAGAAACCCUGUCUCGGGAAAAACAAACAGAAAACUGCAUGGUGGCUAGGGCAUGCAGACUGCUGGCUGCCUGGGUCUGGGCCCCCUGCACUCCCCAGUCUCUUGUCAUGGUUGUGGAAGCAGCAGCUUUUGCAUCUAAACAGAUAGUUUCAAGAAGCACACCAGCUCCCCGACUCUGACCUUGAACCAUUCCCAAGUGUUGCCUGCUCCAACCCCGGCGGAGGAUUCUGUAUUACAUCCCUUCUUCCAUGUCCUAGACCAAAGGAACCUGUGGCCUUAUGCAUGAGUCAGGUUUUUCAGUUGUUUUGUUUUGUUUUGUUUUGUUUUGAGACAGCGUUUUUCUGUAGCUUUGGAGGCUGUCCUGAAACUAGCUCUUGUAGACCAGGCCGGCCUCGAAAUCACAGACAUUUGCCUGCCUCUGCCUCCCCAGUGCUGGGAUUAAAGGCAAGCGCCACCACUGCCUGACAGAGUCAGUUUUAUUUGAGGACACUGAGAAAGAAAGGCUGUGGGAGGCCGAGGGUAGUCCCUGGAGGGUGGAGUUCUGUCAGAUCCUACGGUUCACCCCACAGAGUAGCAGCAGGGAUCCAGCAUUAACAACUGUGCCCUACCCCACCCCGCUGCAGGUGCAUCUCUUCUGAGCAGAUGUGUUUUAACGUUUAUCUGUACUAACAUCCUAGCCCAAGUUGGCUUUACUGCUGAUACUGUUUGAAGAGAGUGGUCCUCUGGCUGCAGGAGCCCUAGCCCCUGGAUGACCUAUCAGAGACUCCACACCAAGGAGAAAGAAGGGCUAAUGACUGGGUCCCCAAUAAGCAGCAGUUUUAAAAAGGAAGGAGCUUUAGAGUCAGUGUCUGUGCUGAGUCCAGGACCUCAAGGAUGUCCAUGCACACUGGGGCUAAAGCCAGCUUGACUAGCAGCACAGCUUCCUCCCAGCCCCACAGCCAUCGGUUUCCAGAGUACUCCCCUAGAAGAGUUGAGGUGGGCAGGCAUCUGCUCCCACAGGUUUAGAGCUAGCUCCUCCUCCUUCCUCAGCAAACCCACUAUCGUGUUAGGGCCUCAGCUGCAUCUCUCUCAGGAGAGAUGGACAGCCAGGAUCAUGUAGGCAGCAGUCUGCUCAGUCUUGAGUCUUGUGCCUUCCCACUAGGACAGACACAGUGGCCUUCUCUCCUUGGUGAUUCCUGAGAGUCUGCUCAGUAGUGCAGCUGAGAAGAAGAGGCCCAGUGUUUCUGGGAGGGAGACGGGCUACACACCUGCCUCUCGUCUGAAUAAAAGCUCCCUGAUCUACCUCUGUAGUUAGAGGUGCCUGUUUUUAGCAACCUAAAGCCCUAGACAGCAUCCUUCCUCUCAGGCUCAACAAGUGUCAUACAGACAUUAACAGUGGCUUCAUGGGGUUACUAACUGGUCACCCCACAAGUACAUGCCAGACACCUGCUGCAUCCCAGGGAGGUGGACAGAUAAGCAGAAGGAAUCAGGACUGAGGUUUUCUAGUUCUGAACAAAUGAAGGUGAGAUGCUGACAGUGCUCUGGCUAGUUUUCUGUCAGCUUGGCACAGGCUAAAGUCAAUUGAGGAAAUGCCUCCGUAAGAUUGGCCUAUAAGUGCGGUGGUGAUGCGCGGUUUUUUUUUCUCAUCCCAGCACUUGGGAGGAAGAGGCAGGGUGAUCUCAGUGAGACCGAGACCAGUUUGGUCUACAAAGCGAGUUCCAGGACAGCUAGGACUGUUAAACAGAGAAACCCUCUCAAACAAAAUGACCUGUAAGCAAGUAUGUAAUUUAUUUUCUUGAUUGAUGACUGAUGUAGGAGGCCUGGCCCGUUGUGAGUGCUGCCACUCUGGUGAUAUUUUGUUUGUGCUCUAACAAAUAAAGCUCGCCUGGAGAUCAGAAUGCCGAGCCAGCCGCUAGUUAACCAUAGAGGCCAGGCAGUGGAGGCACACGACUUUACUCCCAGCACCAGGGUGGAGGAAACAGGAAGUGAUAUGGCUGCUUAGAGAGAGAUGCUCAGCCCCUUUGGGUAUGACGUGGCUGUCUCCGGCUUGCUCCUUUGUCUCUCUGAUCUUUCAACAUAUACCCCCGUAUCUGACCCUGGGUUUUUAUUAUUAAGACCAACUAGAAUUCACUACACCACCCCUGGGCUGGUGUAUGAAACAACAGAUGGGCAAACCUUGAGGAGCAAGCCAGUAAGCAGCACUGUUCUGGCCUCCAGGCUCCUGCCCUGACUCUGCCCUCAGAAACUGAACGCUCCCUGAAGUUAGAUGGCAUCAGCUCUCUCCUCCCCAGGUUGCAUUUGGUCACCGUGUUUUAUCAGACAAAGUGUCCUCGGAAUACACAAAUACCCCUCAUUCGGUCUACUGUGCCUCUCUGGAGUAUAUGUCCACUUAGAAACUGUAGCCCUUGACCGAGGCUGGCCAUCGUGAAGACAGCCCAGACCAAGGAGGUCAAUGUGAAGUUCAGAGGCAGUGACUCCCCCAGGUUUGUUAAGCAGCAUGCUGACAUAACAGGAAAAUUCACUCAGGAGAACACAGCCAUCUUAAAGUCAGCAGUUUAAUUCAAAGCAUAGUGAUCAUUGAGAAGAUCCCUGGAGGGCAGAGCAGAACACAGACUCCAGUGAGCAGAGCAGAUGUUACCAGUGGUCAUAGACUCCUCCUCGGAGGGGAUGCAGGCUGUGGGGUCUCCUCCCCUGUCCCACCCAGAGGCAAGAGGGCCUCACGCCAGCGUGGGCCUGCUUCUGAGAGGACAGAGCCUUGGGAUGAGCAUGUUGUGCCAGGACCAGCUCCAGGAUGCUUUCCUGCAGGGGUCUCAGCUCACCUCUAGGCACCCCUGGACCUGACAGAAUCCGAUGCCCAAAUGGAAGAUGCCUCCAGCACUUCAGCCGCACUGAAUAGCAGCUCUGGGUUCUGUCUAUGGGUCUAAACCCAGACGACAGUUGCUGUCUUCUGAGGCCGUGACUCCUCAAUGUGUGUUUGAGAUGUCUGUGAUGUAUACUCAGAGCUGCAGAGAGGUGCCCUGGUCCCAUGGAGCUACUGCCUGAGGUUACACUGGCCCUUGAGCUCUGUCUUUUGCUGGGCUGGCUCUUGAAUCUGCCCUCCUGAGUAAUUAAAUCCAAUCAUCCCUGACCUGAACACUAAGUACAAUUUAGGAAAUGGUAACAUGCUUAGCAGAGGCUCAGAGCCAAUCAGGGCUCUUGCCUCCAUCUCCAUGGUCUCAGCUGGGCUACUUGGUGAUGAGAAUGAUCUUCUCGGCAUGAACCUCCUUCACUUGUCUGGAAGUAAACUUGACAAUAAAUUUCUUGGGUCCACUUUUCA